UCAUUGAUUUUUUAUUCUUUGUUGAAUGAUGUCAGAUUCAGAUACCUACUAUACAGUUUCGAAACACGAUUGCGCUUUUUUGUGCUACUCAAAUAAAUUAUUUUAAAAUAUUAGAUGCUAAAAUCCAGCAAAGGAGCAGAUAUAAAUUAUAAACUGGCUUCGGAAAACAGAAUCAGAACGCAGAACAGCAAGGUACAUCCAAGUCCGGGGGCCGCCCGUAGUGUUUGGGCGCUACCCUUGACUGCAUCCUGCAAUAUGGUAGCUGAAGAAGACAAUGCAUCUCGUACAAAUCAGGAGGUAGACCAUUCGCCACUAGAAGAACAAUGUGAAAAUAGUUUACUAAAAGAAAACACCGAUGGAAAAAUGACAACAAACACAGAUGAUAUAUUCGAGGUAUUCAAGAAUGGAGAAGUUAGCGAUGUUGAGUUGUUGAUUGAAAAGUAUGGUUUGGAAUAUUUGUCUGCAAGAGAUUGUCAUGGCUACACUCCAGCACAUUGGGUGGCCUUGAAUGGAAACGUUGAUAUUAUGCGUUUCUUGAUAGAGUGUAACGCUCCUAUUGAUUUACCAUGUUUGGGAAUCCAAGGUCCACGUCCAAUACACUGGGCGUGCAGAAAGGGUCAUGCGGAUGUUGUGCAAGUUCUUCUCCAGACUGGAGUUGGAGUAAAUGUAGCUGACUUUAAGGGAUUAACUCCUCUGAUGACUGCUUGUAUGUAUGGCCGAAUAGCAACAGCAGCAUUCCUUUUGGGCAUGGGGGCGUUGAAUCAUCUAACCGAUAUAAAUGGAGAUACUGCACUCCAUUGGGCUGCGUACAAAGGACACGCUGAUUUGAUGAGACUUCUUAUGUACAGCGGAGUAGAACUUCAAAAAACUGAUAAUUUUGGAUCGACCCCUUUACAUUUGGCUUGUUUAUCUGGUAACACAACUUGUGUUCGGCUUCUUUGUGAGAAAAAUAGAUUAGACUUGGAUCCAAGGGAUAAAAACGGAAAAACUCCAAUAAUGCUUGCUCAAUCUCAUCGUCAUCACGAGAUAGUUAAAAUAUUGUACAACGAGGUUAAAAAGAAAUCCAGGUGGAUUCCGUCAGUUUCAGAAAUAUGGGGAAUGCUGUUUGGAGGCGCUGGUGAUACUAAAGGACCGCUAUUGAUGUUCUUGUUUUCAGUACUUUUGUGGGGAUAUCCAAUGUACAUGAUAAGGGCAAUCCCGAUCACUUGGAAUGUCCUUCGCCGUUCACAUUAUUGCUUUAUUUAUUGGAAUGCUAUUAUGUGGAUAAGCUGGAUAGUAGCAAACCGCCGAGAUCCCGGCUAUAUACCACUCAGUUCAGACGCUUAUUAUUGUGCUAUCAAACAAAUUCCGUAUUUCGACAAGUGGAAGAAAAGAAAUGUCAUUCUCACAAGAUUAUGCCACAGCUGCCGAUGUUUAAGACCAUUAAGGGCUAAGCACUGUCGAGUUUGUAAUCGAUGUGUUUCAUAUUUCGACCAUCAUUGUCCAUUCAUACAUAAUUGUGUUGGAUUGCGAAACAGAAUGUGGUUCUUCUUAUUUGUUUUAUCGGUUGCCAUCAAUUGUUCAUUUACAAUAUAUUUUGCAUGUUACUGUGUGGUGAUUGAGGGAUUUUCUUGGCUGUAUGUUCUUGGUCUCAUCGAAGCAGUUGUUUUUUGUGGUCUUGGUUGGAUACUUACCUGCACUUCUAUACUUCACGCGUGCAUGAAUCUCACAACAAAUGAGAUGUUCAACUAUAAAAGAUAUCCAUAUCUAAGAGAUAAGCGUGGAAGGUAUCACAAUCCGUUUUCACGUGGACCAAUUUUGAAUCUGCUUGAGUUUUUCGUAUGCUUGCCGGACCAUGGCGAUGAAAACGAAUUACUAACCGAUGAUACUAUUUGAUAAACUAGCAUAAAUGAAACACUUCUUAUGUUCAUUGUAUCCCGUUAUGUUUGCUUUUAAAUAAAUGCAAAGUUUAAUAAAUCAUA